UGAGAAGAAUGCCAUGCAUCAUGCUUGGUGCGGUUUUUAUUGUGCUCCCAGCCUCAAGGGCUUCGAUUCUAUGUAUGCCGGGCUCUGUGAACCCUCCUCUCGUCUGUAAAUACGCCGAGCCGAUGCUCGGCCUGCCCGUUCCAUGUCGAGUACCAACAAUGGUCUCGACUUUGUUGACAUCGUACACUCGUAGAUAUUUGUCGUGCAGUUGCUCUCAGUAUCCUUUGUAACUCCGUCCAACAUAUGAAAACAAAAUAAGAUGCUGUGGAAAAUGCCCAAACAGUUAUGCCCAAUAAAUCAUGUCUCAUGUUCAUUCCAUUCCAGAGUUGUCAUUUUCCCCUCCUCAUUACAUCUUUCUUCGUCCUGAAUCAUGCUGAUCAUAUUCUUUUCGUUUUCAGCGGCUUCGUAGAUGGCCGGCGCCCCUAUUUGCAGCAUAGCAGCGGUGUGCUGUAGAUGCAGAAAGGGCGUAGCGCCCAAGACAGGAUGCAGCGUGGCAUUUCAGUGUAAAUGCGGUGAUAGCAGCGGUAUCUGCAGCAAGCGACCAGUGACGCCAGGAUCAAUCGACAAUCUCCUCGGAGCUGCUGCUACUCGACCCGGACGUUACGCUCAUGCUCUGGCGCGCGGUGUGGACCAACCUAUAGAUGCCAAAGGCGACGAGGGCGAGCACGAUGAAGAGAAUGAUGACGAUGAUGGCGAUGACAUCGUUUUGUUUGACCAUGGUUGCGGUUGCAGUGCGAGGGCUUUCCCGUCACGAUCUGACACCAGCGUGGAGGGCCUGAACGGGGAAUGGAGGUGUGACGGGCGGUGUGGAACUGGUGUGGGGUGGUGUGUCUGCUGAGUACCGGUGGCUGGGAGGGAAGACGGGUGGAAGAGGUACGGAGCUCGAGCGGAGUCGCCGUGCGCCGAAGAAUGUUCGGGUCUCGGGAGAAAAGUUGGGCUUCGGUAACGAUUUUCAACGGUAUGUCCAAGAGGAAAGGUUGAUGAAAGGAUUUGGUGUCGGCGGUUGGAAUGGCGGUUGGAUAAAGCGCCUUUUUUUUUUUUUUUUUUUUUUU